UGCCGAUUUAAAAGAAGAAGAAGAAGAAGACAUACUGCUUACAGGAGCAAAUUCUACAAAGCUACAAGAGCGUGCGGAAUCGAUCUAAAAGAACUCGACUCGUCAACCCACACUGGAAACGAUGGGUAAGCUGAUAUGAAUCAAUAGAAUAAAUGUGCAUUCAGAUGGGGAAAACAUUCGGCUGGGUCAGCCAGUAGUGAUGAUUAUGAAGUACUGUAGUAGUGCGUUGCUAACGUUACAUAGCUAAUUCACUAGCUAGGGAGCUUGUAACUGUUUAAUUUUAGGUAGAGGCGCGUUUACUUUCGACUUUAUCAGUCACCAAACAGUUUUAUAUCAGGAAGAUAUUGUAAAUGUUAUCUGUUGAAAUGCCAUGACUUCUAAGAUAAACUGAGCCGCAUCAACAGCUUGUCUCAUGUAAACCAAGUGAUUGAAACUUAGCUAAUGGCUGCUAUUUUGUAACUCGGCUGCGUCGUGGGUUGAUGGGUACACCUUCAGCCGUGGAACAGUUUCUGUUCAUCAUGUCAAAAUAUAGAUUUGCCUAUUGGCGUUUGCAUCCACGAGCCUACCAACUCCCAGGAUUUUUUAGCACGAGUUUGAAACACACGGAGCACAUUUUGCUGCUUGCCAACCACGGUUAUCAUAAUGUUUACAUACCAUACACAAAAAAACCGGACUGCCCAUGUGACUGUGGAGGUUGGCAAACUAAUCGGAGGGUUAUAUACACGUCUCCAUGUAAUCCCCCCGGCAUAGAGAACUGAAGUAAAUGGACCAGCUUCUGAACAUCAUGAAUGCUCUCUUCAGACUGGUGUCUUCCCCGCCGCCCUUAUAACAGCAGUGGUGAUGCCCCUGCUGAAGAAGAACAAUUCAGACCCCAGCGUUUUUUAAUAACUACCGACCCGUAUCCGAUUUAGCAUUUUUAGUUAAAAUUUUAAAAAAGCACUUUUGCAGAUUUUAAACGACAUCAGGUGGAACUUGGAUAACAAAGCUCACAGUGUUGGCUCUACUGGAUCUAAGCGCCACUUUUCACACAGUAGGCCAUCACAUUUUAUUAAAUAGACUCAGACACCUGGUCAGUCUCGCUGGUACUGUUUUUAACUGGUUUUGUUCUUAUCUCACAGACCGAUGUUAUUAUAAAGGUAUGGAUGCAUGUCCCUCAGAAACCCAUGAAAUUGAAUGUGGGGUUCCCCCAAGGAUCAAUUUUAGGUCCACUUCUUUUUAAUCUGUUCAUGCCUUAUCUUGGGGAAAUCAUCAGGAGACACGGCAUCAGCUUCUGUAGCUACGCUGAUGAUAUGCAACUGUACAUUGCAGUGUCUCCUGAUGACAUUGAUGCCGUUUUUUUAACUGCAUUGUAGACAUUAAGUCAUGGGUGGCAGUGAAUUUCCAACAGCUCUACCAGGACAAAACUGAGGUUUUAGUUAUAGGUCCCGAAGGCCAGAGGAAGAAAACUUUUACCAAAACUACAAGAUCUUAAGCCAGCGCAGUCAGUAAAAAAUCUGAGUGUGAUUUUUGACUCCAAGCUGAAUUUUAUUCCACAUAUCAAAAAUAUAAUGAAAAUAGGUUUUUAUCAUCUUAAGAACAUAGCCAGAGUCCACCCAUUUCUCUCUCAGGCCAGUAUGGAGGUGCUGAUGCAUGCUUUUAUCUCUUGUCGCUUCGAUUACUGUAAUGCCCUGCUCUCUGGUCUCCCCAAAAAGAGUAUUCUAAACCUCCAAUUAUUACAGAACUCAGCCGCACAUGUGCUGAUGAGGACCAGAGGGCGGGAGUACAUUACACCAGUUUUAAGUAAUGGCUUUGCGCCCUCUUACACUUAUCUGACCUGCUUUUACCAUUUCAACUCUUGUGGAUCCUGAGGUCCUCUGGCAUCGGGCUUUUAUCCACAGCCUUGAUGUUUCAUAAGUGCAUUCAAAAUAAUCUAGUCAAACUAAGGUUUAUGAACUAUGCGUUAUUUAUUGCACAUACAGUGCUCCAGACUAACCUGUUUUGCUAAGAGCACACUAACCCCUAACAAAAGAAUUUAGGAGCACAAGCAGAAAAUGUAGGGGUGCACAGUGUAACUUGAUUUGCAAGGCAAAUAAUUCACAUUUCCUCACAUAAAUAGAUAAUAAAUGCAGAAAUUACAAUGUGCUGUUUUAAAUUCAGUGUCACAUUUUAUUUGUGCACUUUUAAAGAUGCAAAACAAACAUAAAACAUAAGGUAGACAGUGCCCUGUCAUUACACUAACAAUCAGAAGGUUUUUUUUUGCACAUGGCAUUUGUUUACAACUUUAGACCGCUACAGACUGUUGCUUUGGUAACAAACAACCCAAAGGAAAAACAACCGUCUGGUAAAUUAAAGCCCUGGUUUCACUAAUUAAGUUUUCCAACAGCACAUUGUAUGAUAUUUCCACGGGUGAAAGCUUGCAUCCCACCUGUGGUGUACUUUCACUUCUUUCAUCUUGAUUUUGUCUCGUAGGCUUGAAAUAGUUUACAGUUAGCUUCAUGUGUCAUGCUCAAGGACUGGAUUGAGAACUGUAUGUAAAAAAAGCAACGUGAUUUUACAGUUUCAUUUUCUGCAGGUUUACUCGUGUUUAAUAAAGUAAACUAUGUUCCUUUAUGCUGUGCCGUUACCUUCAGACGGAGUUAGCAGUUAAAAGUCCCUUUGGAUCAGGGAUUGUCCAUUGGAUUGUUCUGAGUUACUGAUAAAUCCGUAACCAGGAAGUAUUUCUCAUCUACACAAACUGAUACACUGUCGGGAGUUCGCAUAUGGUGUCUUAUUUAAAAAUACUGGAUGACAUGCGCAUUUUUCGUGCUUGACUUCCUGUCUAGGACGAUCAUCUCUGUGUAGAUUGACGCGUAACGGAAGCAUAGAGCAGCAAAAAUAGACUUGUCAUGUAUCUUUGGUAGUGCUGUGCUCGAUAGACUUCUGAUACGGAGCUGAUACGAGUCAUGUAUGCAAAGCUUUAUUAUUAGAAUGGCAACCUAUUUGCUGCGUGAUACGAAACACUGACGAUACACGCUCAAUACGGAUCCUGUAUAUUUUAGCCUUAAGUGAUCAAGAAAAGUUGGGACACCUGUAUAAAUUGAUAGCACCAACUUUCAAGGUUUGAUCAACCUCCAUUGCUGCAGAACUGCUUUAGGUUGUGAACCCAUUUCUUGUUCCCUGAAAAAGGCCUUUUUGUAUAAUUCUGAAAUGUACAUUAUUUUUCAGUUUUGGUUAACCUUACCUUUUUUUUAAAUUUACCUCUGGCAGUUCACCUCUUACCUUUGUACCCUUUCAAGCUGUUCAUUGGACUUGAACUGCUUGAAUUUCAAUGGAAAACUGGGGUGUUCUAAAACUUUUGACUGCUAAAUAGGAUAAUAGGAUUCUCCAAUGUCAGUGUGGAGAUAUCAACUUAAUUUUUUUUUUACACAUAAUAACCUAAAAAAAUGUGAUAUUUUGUCUGUAGUUCAGCCUCCUUUGGCCUUGAUGCUUGCAGCUUUCCUCUGUUCAAACACACAGCAGCAUGUCAAACUGUCCCUCCAUCUUUCUUCUCGGUCUGUUUUUUCUUUUUACGAAAGUAUUCAUCAGCAGCACAUUUUAUAAAGACACCCAAUAGCACAACCCACCUUUUGUAACCUUCUACUCAAUUUUCUGCUGUCAUAAAGUGACCAGUGUAAGUGCUGUAGUAUUUUGCAAUGAUCCUAGACUGAGACAGCCCACAAUGAGUCCAGUAGGAACCAGCCAGGCAUAACUAGUGAUCUUAUACAGAUGAGAAAAACAAGAGUAAAACCAGUUGUUUAUUUUAUGGGAAACAUUGCAUGGGAUACUUUUGAAGUUUUGAUUGAAUGCAUUUGGUGUUGCAAAACUGUGUUUCUUACCUUCUGCCAUGAACCAUGUUUUUUGCCUGUAUCUGUGGACUAUCAGAGACGUCAGCAAGUCCAGCCAAAGAUAACUACAGGAUGAACCGAUACAAAAACAAAGCACUAAACUCAGACGAGAUGAGGCGCAGGAGAGAGGAGGAAGGCAUCCAACUCAGGAAACAAAAACGAGAGCAGCAGGUACGUCAACAAAUCUAUCAAGCCCAGACAACAGAUCGUUGAUCUCUAUAUGACAAUAUAAUGCCAAACAGUCUUUGCUUCUCACGUUUAUGCGGGCUUCAUACUUCCAGCUUUUCAAGAGAAGGAAUGUGGACGUUGUCAACGAAGAGGAGACAAUGUUGGAGAAUUCUCCGGCAGACCCCUACCUUAGCUCUCCAGUAACUGUGAGUUUCUAUUUUUCUUACACCAUGCACACAAUGUAGAUGAGAGGCUUAUCCGAGGAAACCAGGUGGUUUUUAUCAAGUUUCAGGAGUUGUUUAUGAUAAGCCUCUUUUUUUAUAGCCUAUGGGCUUGGAGGAGUCGAGCAAAGUGUAUCAAGUCUCAAGUGUCAUGAGGUUACUUUUGCCGUUGCAGGAAGGGGUUAUAACUAGAGACAUGGUCGAGAUGCUUUUCUCAGAGGACCCUGAACUUCAGCUUUCCACAACACAAAAGUUCCGGAAACUUCUUUCCAAAGGUAUACUGACAUACCUUUUGUUCUUAUGUCUAGCUAUGAAGCAGUUACUAUUGCAUCAAAUGUGUAUUAAUAAAAGUGUGAUGCUAAUUGUACAGACACCGUGGACUUGGAAUGUUUAUGUCUCCUUUGUUUUCUAUCACAGAGCCCAACCCACCUAUUGAUGAAGUCAUAAACACACCUGGAGUGGUGGAGAGGUUUGUGGAAUUUUUAAAGAAGAGUGUCAACUGCACACUACAGGUAAAUUUUUAUUAACACUGUCUUGCACAUUUUAAAGCACAUUUUGAACUGAAAACAUGUACUCAGGGUUUACAAAUGUUAUCAUUCAAGUUAGAGUACCCUGGACAGUUUUCUCUACUAAGGGACAAAACUCAUUUUAUUUCAGAGCAGGGCAAUAUUUUUCUUUGUCAAACUAUUUGCAGCAAGCCAACAUUAGUUCCCUAUUUCCUGCCAUGUUAUGGUAGUCUUAUUGACAGGUGAUGGUGUUUUCCAUUCAGGUAGUCGCAGAAACAAAGUAGUUCUACUGUUUUGAGUUACCGUACACAUACUGUUACAAAAGCAAAAUUGUACUUCUGCAUUGCACAAGUCCCUGUUUGGUCAACUAUGUUGCUGCUGUGCAUAACUUAAAAUUCUAAAGCCGGAACGGCAAAUGAAGUAAACUUAGAUGUGAUUGAUUAUUUUUUGUGUGAAUGUUUUUUUUUGGGGGGGGGUUAUAUCUGAGCCUAUAUUUAAGAGAUCCUCAAAUGAACUUUAAAACAAAUUAUUUAAGGACUCUGUGUGUAAAUGAAGAGUGAAAAAAAAACAAUCUUUAUUCCCAUGUAGUUUGAAGCAGCUUGGGCGUUGACCAACAUAGCAUCAGGCACAUCCAUGCAAACAAAGACGGUGAUUGAAGCUGGAGCGGUGCCAGUCUUUAUAGGAUUGCUUCACUCUGAUUUUGAGGAUGUCCAAGAACAGGUAGUACACCAGAUAUUUAUACCAUCCAGUGUGUCUAAGAAAAGAUAAGAAGAACUUUAUUGACCCCCAAAGGGAAAUUCUAUUCUAUGUUAAUAUUAUAACAAUUUAUAGUCUGUCGAAUAACUUGAUCUGAUUGUCUGUUGUCAUUCAUAGUUUGGUAUUAAAUAAAUGGGUUGGUAGCCAAGUUUGCAUGUGUGUUUGUUUUUCCACAGGCUGUUUGGGCCUUAGGUAAUAUUGCAGGGGACAGUUCAGUUUGUAGGGACUAUGUGCUGAACUGCCACAUUCUUCCUCCACUGUUGACGUAAGCUCAUAGUCUUUGUAAAGACAUUUUUCCUACACAUACCUUUUUAGAUUAGUCAAAAGAUACAUUUCUUGUUCUGUCACUGUAGCUAAGUUUUGCUUUUCUGUGUCUUUUUAGGCUUUUGACCAAAUCCACAAGAUUGACCAUGACAAGAAACGCUGUGUGGGCUCUGUCUAAUCUCUGUAGAGGAAAAAACCCUCCACCUUCUUUUGAAAAGGUUUUACUUCCAUUUAAAAAAUUCACAAUGAUGAAACGUUUUGAUGAUUUGUGAUCAGGAUUUUUAUGUGUGUGUGUAGGAAGCUGUGGACAAGUGUUGUGAAAGAGAGUAAAGUGGCUACAAUUGUUUGGUAGUUCAUCAGGUUCAGAAUAUAGCUUAUAUUUGUUUCGACUAAACUAGAUUUUUUUAACUGUCACCCUGAAAGCAAGGGUGACCAUUUAUUUUAACUAUUGUGCUCAAUUCUAAACAACAAAGAUUCAUUUCACCCAGUGGUUUUGCCCAUACGGAGCCUGUAAAUGCUGAAUUUUGCUGCAUAGGGAAGUAUGGUGACCUUGCUCAGAUUUCCUGCCUAAACUGGUCCAAACAAGUGCUGAAUAUGUGUUGAUCAAAAGUUGUAAACAUGUACACAGUCAAAUACACGUCUGACUUUUGGAAAAGCAGAAUAUAUGAGAAAUGGAUCUUUGGUUCUUCAGCUCUUUACAUGUCAAAUUUAUGCUGUUUCGUGUUACUGAGUAACAUCACUGCCUUCUAGGUGUCACCAUGUCUGCCAGUACUGUCCAGACUUUUAUUUAGUAGUGAUCCAGACUUGCUGGCAGAUGCCUGCUGGGCCCUGUCUUACCUCUCAGACGGCCCUAAUGAUAAGAUCCAAGCUGUUAUUGACUCUGGCGUCUGCAGGCGUCUUGUGGAAUUACUUAUGUAAGUCCCCCCACACUUUAUUUUGUCUUUGUUACCGUCAAUAUGGCAAGUGUGUUUUAUACUUAAACUGUGCUCUCGCUCUCUCCACAACAUCCUUUUUUGCAGGCACACUGACUAUAGGGUGGCCUCUCCUGCUUUGAGAGCUGUAGGAAAUAUUGUGACUGGGGAUGACAUUCAAACACAGGUGAGUGUUAAGAGAAGAAAAUUGACAGGCAUGCUCCUGCUAGUCAGCAUUUAGCCUAAAUCCACACCCAUGAAAAGACAGUGGCCACCUAAAAAAGAGGUGUAGGUGUGAGCCAGCAAGCUUGGGGUAGAGAAUACUUUUCAAAUGCAGAAAUUGAAGUUUCGGUGAAGUGGAAUUAGAAGAAAAAACAAGAUUAAUAAGAUUUAUAAGAUUAGUAUUCAGAUUUCAGUAAGAAGUAGAUGUAUUGAAGCUCAUUCUCAGCAAAGAAGAGUCCUGUAUUUAAAACUUUAAAGGUGUGUAUGUUAACAGGGGUUAAGAUUCAAAGUUUUCUGUUUUUGUUCUGCCUAGUAUUCAUUGAAGAAGAAGAUGUUUAGUGAUCCCUAGAUGAAAUUCUAUAUAACAUUGUCAUUUUAUCUAAACUUUUCUGCAGGCUCAAAAGCAGACAGUGUCUGGAGCAAAGGACGUAGACCUCAUUAGCCGCUACCUAGUUCUUGAAGCGACUUGCCAACUUGAGUGAUAAGUUAGAGUCUUAUCAGUCUCUAUAAAUAGAUGUGCAUUUAUGGUUAGAUUCCAAGCUGGUGUAAAUGCUGUUGCUCAUCCCAGCUCCAACUCUACCUCAAGUUGCCAGACCAACAGUACACAUUGGCUAGCUAAAGAAUAGGAAGGCUUGGCCUAGCUAUUCCUAAUCAGUUAACCAAAAUGAGUGUUUACAUACUAACCUACUGUUAGUUCAGGGCACAUACAGAAUUAGAUAAAAGUGGAUGAAUUCCAAGAUUGACUGACUAACCUGCAAUAACUCCUGACUUUUGAUGUAAACUUAAACUGAUACAGAAUGGGAUUCUUUUUCGUCUUACCUUCACCUCUUUACCUCUGCCCAUUUGUUUUUUUACAUAGGUGGUAUUGAACUGUUCAGCAUUACCCUGUCUGCUGCACCUUCUCAGCAGUGCGAAAGAAUCCAUUCGCAAAGAGGCAUGCUGGACCAUCUCAAACAUUACAGCAGGAAACCGAGCCCAAAUACAGGUGAUAUAUUCACAAUGCAUGUCUUAACUAAAUAACAACUGAAAACCCACAGAAUAAAAAAGAUCAAAUAUAUGUUUGUAUAGUAUAUUGUGGUAUCAGUGUUUCCUCUGCAUUCAUUCUGAAUUACGUGUGCCACUACUGAAAUUUUACAUGAUCGUUAAUAUCAAUGCGCCACUAGUUUCUACUCGCACUGUGUGUACACAACAACACAUGACGUUAUUUUCGACUUGUUUCGAGUCAUCAACGGGCGUGUCAAAUCCUGUCGGACCCUCUUCCAUCAAUGUGAAGGGUGAUGUUCAAGCUUAUACACAGUCUAAUGAGCGAGUAGCGUGGGUAACGUAACAUGAACGUAAAUCCCCCCCCAGGGACACAGCAGCAAUGCUAGGGGAAACACUGAGUACAGUAUGGUAUGGUAUAGUGUGGUGUGGUAUGGUAUACUAUAGUAAGUAUGGUUUAUUGUGAAUUUACCAGCUACCCUCCCAUCUUUUUUUUUCCCUCAUUGUUUGUGCGCUGAACAAAACCAGCCAUAGAAUAUAAAACUACAGUUUAGCUAGACCUUGAGGUUUAUACGUUUGUUCCGUUGUGCAUCUUAAAUAAUAAAGAGGAGACCACAUGACCUCAACUGCAUGCUAAUGGUUGCUAAAUAUCUAUCAGUGUGAUAUAUGCAUUAGUUUGCCUAAAGGUUUUGUGAUUGGUAACUAGGAUUAGACAAAUGCUAGUUUUUCAAUGACUGUAUCAUCUUUAUAUUAACCUGUUUGGCCAAAUAUUAGACUUGUUGCAUAAAUGGAGAUGCCAUGUACCUGCCCCUGAUUUUAAAUGUUAUCUCUCUCUACAGACAGUAAUUGAUGCAAACAUCUUUCCAGUGCUCAUUGACAUUCUACAGAAGGCAGAGUUCAGGACAAGAAAAGAGGCAGCCUGGGCUAUCACGAAUGCCACCUCCGGAGGAACACCAGAACAGAUAAGGUCAGAGCUGCAACACUUAGUAAAUGAUGCCACCUCACUAAAGAGCUAAUUGAUGCAGGAUAAAUUAUCCUGAAUCAACUCCCUUAAGAUAAGGGUGCACGUUAAAACACUCAGAAAUGGCUGUGUAAAAAUGAAAGUGGGUCUUUCCAGGAUGUGACUUCGAAGGGAAGUAGCAUUUUGUGGUGGUGAUAAUCUAAAAUCUUGAACAAAACAUAUCUCUUAAUGCAGAUUGUCAUGCUAUGACUUUAUUUAUUGGCACCAAAUUAUGGAGGCUAAUACUGUUAUGAGUACUGAAGUAUUUAUAUUGAUGAGCAGUACCAGUAUCAAUAAUAUCCUCUCCUUGCCCAUCCCUAAACGUGUUAUAUUUGAUAGAGCAGUGGUUCUCAAGUACAGUCCUCGAGGCCCACUGUCCUGCAUGUUUUGGAUGUUUCCCUGCUCCAACACACCUGAUUCAAAUGAUCAGCUCGUUAUCAAGCUCUGUAAUGGCUUAAUAACGAGCUGAUCAUUUGAAUCAGGUGUGUUGGAGGAGGGAAACAUCCAAAACAUGCAGGACAGUGGGCCUCGAGGACUGGACUUGAGAACCACUGUGAUAGGGGUAUCCCAAUACAACUUUUAUACUUCCAAUACAAUACCAGUGUUGUAGCCGUCAGUAUUGGCUGAUGUAGAUCUAUUAUUGGCACAAACUUAUGCAUGACAAGUUUUGCACUCAGCUGCCAUCUUUUUCGAACUCGCACCAAAAUUCUGCCACAAGGACAACAUCACUCCUACUCCUUUCUACUUUGUUAGUACACACUGUUGUUGUGAUCACAUGGGCUCUGUGUGCUGGAUCAGAGUGCUGCUAGAUAGAGGUGCUGAAGCAGAGUCUGGAAUGGACUGUUUGCAUCAGAGUGCUGAUAUUUGAGAUUUCAGAUGCAGGCCAAUGUAAUCUGAUAUUUGUCUUUUUGUUGAUGCUGACAGUUAUCCAAUAUCAAUAUCGGAUUGGGACUCGGGAACAUUUAUCGAUAUUGAUGCCAUUAUCGAUUCUGCUUAUUGAUUCAGUUCUUUAAUGAUUCCCUUUUCGAUGCCUUUCUUUUAUUUAAAAAAAAAAAGUAGACUAGUUUUCACUGUUAACUCAAAAUUUUAUUGAGUCUCUGAUAACAGAAAAAGAUGUAUGCCACCUUCAGUGGGAGACUAAAAAAUAAUCAAACAACAAACUAUUUAUACAGCAUUUACUUCAGUCAGUAUUAAACAAUACAGAAAUAAUACAUGUUGUUAUGCAUGCAUUGUGCUUGUGUUAACACAGGACAUAUGUUAGAGUGAUCAUAUUCUGAAUACCCGAAAAGAGGGUACUACUAUGCAGGGUGGACUUAUGCGCAAAUUUUUUAGGGUUUUUUGGGUCGAGUUGAGUGUAUUUUAUGUGCUUCUAACCGGGUUAAAUGCAUAUUCUGAAUUCCCAAAGACAGUGCAUGUAUGCGUCGCAUCAUUGACUUUGCUUAGAAGUUAGUUUAAGGGCAGAGCUGCAGAGAGCACUGAUGCGCUGCACUGAUUUAUAAUGAAUGAAUACAUGUCCUGGACAUUUGAAGGAUUUUAUUAACUCCCUCAAGACAGCCCCCCAAAAGAAGACAUCCGUGUAAAAGAGGACGUAUGGUCACCCUAUCAUGCGUGCCUUCCAUGCCUUGCUGAGAAAGAGCAGCAGCUGAUGACCGGGAUAGAGCAUCGAAUACAUGUGACUCCUUAAAUUUGAUGCUCUGCACCGCUGCCAAAUGUUUAAGAAUGUUGCUGAUGUUCCCACCUUUGCAUGCUAUCACUGCUCAAAUGUUGCACUGUUAUCAUCUUUCUUUGUAAGAUUAAGCCACGCUUUAGCUUUUUUCUGCCUACUUUUCGUACCGUCUGCCAUGUUUUUUUCUCCGUUCCUGUUCGCGUAGACUGGCACUCGCAAGACCGUUUUUCAAGGCACCCAGAAGAAAGGAAUCCUUAAGAUAAAAUGUAAAUGAUGUCGAUGGAUUGAACCAUUUGGAACCGGUUCUCAACAAGAACAGGUUCUCGAUUCCUAUCCCUAAUUGGGACAUCCCUGUUUGACAUACCUGUGUGACCUUAAUUCAAAGUUUUAUGGUAUGAAUAUUUGGGCUGUAAAGUCCUAGUCGACUGGUCAACUUAUUGGUCCAUACGUGCAGAGUUGACCAAAAUUCCGAUUGGUUGACUCGAUUUUUUUUUUUUUUUUUUUCGAGUCAAUUUACAGUUUAUGAUUAAUUUCUUUACGAGGAACGUACCAAGUGCUAAUGGGGGUGUUUUCAGAGCACCCCCGUUUCAGAGGCAACAGCCUGUCUCAGAACACCCCCCGUGUUUUCACUACUUUGGAUUUGCUCAACCCACUGGAGACGGGGAGACUGAAGAGCGUCCACGUAAAUAAAUGUCAGGUGGUCUGCUGAAAAUUUAUUUUCAUUGUGCGAUGCUUAUUUUUUGUUUUAUUGUUUUAUUUUGUGCUCCGCCGCCGAGUGCGUCGUUCCCCGCUGCAGAAGGGUUUGCUGUUAGUCGAACCAAGAGUUUCUGGAAUAUUCCAAAGAUACAUGCAACUUCAAAGUAACAGCACCACUACCUGCAUUCAAUGAAACAAUGAAUAAUUAUGGAUUUGCGCUGUAAUUCAAGUCACAUAUAAAUAUCAUACUUAAUCAAAAUCUCAAGUGCUCAAAUUCUUGCUUUUCAGCAACUAAAUUGUUUAUGAAAACAGCCUGUGGAUGUUACCUUGAAUUAGUACUAGUAUCAUCUUAUGUGUGCUUGUCUCUGUUUGGAUAUAGGUACCUAGUGAACUUGGGCUGCAUUAAGCCCUUGUGUGAUCUGCUGACAGUGAUGGACUCUAAGAUCGUCCAGGUGGCUUUAAAUGGACUGGAGAAUAUCCUGCGGCUGGGGGAGCAAGAGGCCAAGCAAGAAAACAACGGCAGUGGUGUUAAUCCUUACUGCAGCCUCAUUGAAGAAGCAUAUGGUAAUGUAAAAGAAGUCCAUGUAAACAAGUGCACAUGCAUGUAUUCUGGAACCUUUGAAAGCAUAUGUUUUUUGCGUUUAGAAAUAAAGCUAACCUGAAGCUUAUUAACUGCAUAAAACGGUUUAUACUUUUUCAUAGUGUUUCAAGACUCACGGACAGUGAUUUAUUUUUAUGCAGGGUUUUAUAAAAGAGAGUGAAAGUAGUGAUCUAGUUUCUUUUUUUCCAGGCCUUGACAAGAUAGAGUUCCUCCAGAGCCAUGACAAUCAAGAGAUAUACCAGAAGGCCUUUGAUCUAAUCGAGCACUACUUUGGGGUCGAGGAUGAGGACAGCAGUCUAGCACCUCAGGUUGACCAAUCCAACCAGCAGUUUCUCUUCCCCCAGCAGGAGGCACCCAUGGAGGGUUUCCAGCUAUAAGUCCACUCUCCCUUUAAACACUUGGACCUCUUCUAUACCUGUCCACGUCAUCUGGUAUCCCCAGUCAUACGUUCAUGCCCCUUUCCUUUAGGUUCCCCCCACCACACACACGCACACACACACACACACACACACACACACACACACACACACACACACACACACACACACACACACACACACACACACACACACACACACACAGAGAAAAACAACUUUUCCUUGCACCAAAUCUUGACUCCCUUCCUCUCUGCUUUACUGCAAGUGGACUGGCUUCUCUAAAUGCAGGCACCUAUGUUCCUUGGCCUAGGAAAGCAUGCCAUAUAGAUCUAAUUAAAAGAGGAGUGAUCCCUUUGCAGUCCUAACAGAGUCCACCCUGUCAUAAGAUGCGCACACUGACAUAAUCCUACUGUUGAAUAGGUUUUAAAUGCCAUGUCAGGCAUUUUUUUGUUGCAGUCUUUAUAUUCACUCAAAAUUUUACUUCGAAUGAUCAUUCCUAUUUCUAGAACCACCAGUUUAUACCCCAUACCAAGACUUCAGGGUGAGGUGAAAUAUGGCGAAGUUCAUGAUGUCAGUUUCAACAAGAGCAAUUUAAUGGAAAAAAAACAAAACUUGUAGCAUUAUCCUUCUGGUUAACAGUUAUUUCUUUCACCUCACUACUCUUUUUUUGUGCAUUUUAUUUCUCUUGGCUUGCAUAGCACUUCAAUACAAAAGAAUUGUUACAUUUACAGAGACAUGGAUGUCUCCCUAAUGAAUUUAAAGGCAUUCUAUUGAUCCCCGAUCUAUCAGUGUUUCUUUGUUGACAGUGAAAGACCAGGGGAAGUGCUUCUGAUGGAAUCCUAGGAAAUAGUUGAGGUUUUAAUGAUAUAUAGUAAAAGGUUAGGGUUUGAGAAUUGGUAUGGUUGUGGUUUCUUUUUCCAUAGGGUGCUGUGUUUAAACAUCAAUGUAUCUGAGUUAAGAAGUGAUCAACUAUUAAAAGAGCAUAGUAGGGAAUUGAAGGGGGAAGCUACACCAGCUGUGAACCAAUUAAAUUUUGAUAUAGAAUGAAUUCACAGUAUUACUUAGAUCAAAAGUUGGAUAUGAAACCAUCUGUUGUACAAAACAACCAGAAAAUUUCAUGAGACAAAAGUUGUAGUAAAGAUUUUUACUAUGAAAAACAGGUAGCUCCUGGUUAGCUAUACACUGUGCCCCCCCCAAAAAAACCCUUCUAGAUGUAUGCCAUGAGGUUUUUGCAUCAUGUUAUAUGUCUUUGCUUUUAGUCACUGAGUAUUCCUGGACAAACAGACAGUUGGCACAGAAGGAUGGAGAAAAGUGUGGAAAAGUUCUGAGGCAUAGCUGCUCAGCGUUUUUGAUGUUAAAGGAUUAGGAGAUGAAAUGCAGGAAGCCUUCCAAAAGUGGUAAAUUUGUUGAUGUUGAAAAAUAUGAUGUAGUGGUCAAGAUAGUAUUUUGUAAGGUGGUCAAAUGUGUUACUCACCAAUGGUGAUUUGUAUGACAAUAUUUUCAAGGACUAGUGAUAACAGCUAUCAGAGUCUUUUAUGACGGGUUGAGGUUUCAGUGUAAAUGCCUGUGGCAUACCCUCUGCCCUGUUGAGUCGAGGCUCCUGCUCUUUCUUUUUGUGACUUUUGCAACAACCUAAACAGAAUUUGGCAUCUAAAACAAGUCAUAUUUGAGUUGAAGAUGUCAUAUGCACACUCUAUGCGCACAUGGAUACGGCACCAGCAGACAUAUUGCUUACUCUUUCAAGAAUAUAUGGUUCUGUUCCUCUGCCUUUCAAAUGAACAAAAGGAGUAUUUCUUUUAUUUGAUGUUUUUGUGUGUGUUUGUGUGUGUGUAAAGCACUUUGUAUAUUUUCUUUAUUUAAAAAAUGUUGCCUUUGGUUAAAAGUUAUUCAACUUUUUUUUCUAUGUUUCAUAUCAAAGAACAGAGAGAUAAAUUUAAGUUAUUUGAGCACACAUGUACUGCUUAUGAAACCUUUUUUUUUGCUCAAGCCACAUGGCACAUGUCUUCAGUGGUUUAAAUUAGCUCUGUAGAGCCUGACCACAGAAACGCUCUGCCUGCUUUGGCGCAGGGUUUAGGCUUUGUGAAGUGGUAAAGUUAUGGCCAUGUAAUGUUCAACUUAUAGUCAGUGUAAGGAAAAGUUUGAUUAAACUAGACCCCCCCCAUUCUGUGGGUCACUGAACCAGCCGAUAAAGGAAGUGGGAAGGAAAUCUUCCCAGUUCUGCUAUUCUAGUACACAUCUCAACAAAAGUUUGAUCAUGUCGUACACACUCUGGAAAACACUUUUUAUUCUUUUUUUUUUUCUUUUUUCCUUUUUUUUUUUUGUCUUACCAGGGUAAUUCCUUCUUACAUGAAAUGACAAAGUGCUGUAUAUUUUUUUCAUUUGUCUCCAAUGUCAGUGUAAGGUGCUUCUAUGACAUUGAGACUGAAAUGAUUUCCAAAGAUAUGUGCUUCUAAAGGGCAUAAAAGUUUAAACCAUUAAUCAUGAAUCAAUAUAAUUUAACCUCUGCCUAACCGGUGUGUAGUACAGCAUGUAAACUGAAGCUUUUUUAUGGCCAGUUCUGUACCUGCCUCAACAUCACUGCUAGAGUCGCAAUAUUAUAAAAAACAGAAUCAGUGCAUCCAGGAAAGAAUUGUGUUUCUGGAAUGAAAAUGCAUUCUUAUUCACAGAAGUGCCAACUAACUGCUAGGACUGGAGGUUCCUCUGUGUCUGUGUUAGAUUUCUAGAUUUUUUUUUUUUUACUUGAAUGUGCACACUUUUUGUGCAGAUAAUUGCUGCUCUUCUUCCCUUAUCUGUAAAGCAACAUUACUCACCAUCCUUUUAUGGAAAAUCUGGCAUUCAGUACUGUGGACAUCGAGAUAAGAAAUUAAACUACCACCGUUUGCCCACUGGGGUAAUAACCAAUUUGAUGGCCUACUACAGUUAUUCUUGGCUAUCGGCGGGGCUUCCCGUUAAUGGUGAUGUCCCCCACUCUUGCUGUCUUCACUUGAUUUAAACUGUGUAAAACAAAGCAACAAAUCUUUUGGAAUCAAAGACUUGAUCUUCUGGUGCAUUCAGUAGACUGAAAUGUUAAACAUUUCUUGAGAUCAGGGUCUAUAGCCAGUCAAGAAACUGUGCCAAUAAAAAUAUUAUUUGUGUUACGUGAUGCAAACAAUAAAAACAAACGACUGUCAGAACAGAUAAUUGUUUAUUUUUAAUCAUGAGGCUGGUUGAAUUUAUUGAUUAAAAGUUUUAUUUUUCUUAGACUGUGCCUGACCAUUCAAGACUUUCUUCUUUUUAGAAGAUGCUGCAAAACCAAGUACAUCUUUUAUCAAUUAUCAGUACUUUAUUGAAAAAUUUGCAAAGCCAGAAAACUGUAGUGAAUAUCAUCUAAAACAAGGCACCACAAGAUCUGCCUUAAAACCCCUCUGUCAGGUGACAGUCCUUCCACGGGGUGAGUUUCACAGAGGCAACUAUGACUCAUUUUUCUAUGAUAAAAUCUGGGAUUUAAAAAUAAUCCAGUGACUAACAUUGAAAAGUAGCAUGUGUUAACCUAUGUGAACAAUGUAUGUUUUGAUAGAAUGACAGGGAUUCAGAUGUAAUUCAAAUCACUUCUGAGAAGUGCAGAAAAAGCGUUAUUAGAACAUGCCACGGGAAUAAAAAAGGAAAUAAAAUCAGAUAAGGAUACUAGCAUCCAGUACUUUUCUUGAUUUUCUGUCUUUAUUUUGUUUAGGAAAUUGUGGCCUAUAUUUUUGGAUAAUGAACCUCAGACCUAAAGUUUGUCUAAGGAUGCCUGAUCUGUAAACCUAUCAUCAAUGAAGAAAUGAACAGACAUCGUUGAAUAUCUGUAAUCUGACUUGUCUUCCGUCCUUGGGGGGUUUUCAUGUCUUUAGCAAAAUCUAAAGCCUUGCUUUGUCAAAUAAUGUCUAAGCUACAAAUGUUUACAGUGUUAAAUGUAUAUGAAAUACUUUUUAUAUGCCAUCGCUGUCCUGUGUCUGCUCUGGUCCUCUCAUUUCUACUCCAUAUGAUAAUUUUCUCUUCUCUUGUUAAUGACUUAAUUUCCUGAAAAAAUAACACGCCAUGAUCUUUCAUUCACUGAAAAAUUACACAUAAACUGAUUGGACUUGACUUUACCGACGGUAUGAAUGACUAUGACAUUGAACUUCUACACAUCAUAUGAACAUGGUACAAAAAAAAGGAAUUUAAAUAUAUAUAAAUAUAUAUAAAAUAAACAUACUGGACAGAGUACCAAUAUUGAAAAUGAAAAGAUAUAUGAAUCCUUGUACAGUGGAAAUACUGCACAAAACUAAUAAAGAUAUGUUUCAACUCUUUCCUGCAAAUCUGUCUUUCAUCACUGGCCUACUUGAAGGACUAUUGUUAGGCCACCAUUUAUCAUUUAGAGCAACAAAACUUUCUUUCUUUUAAGCUGCGUCUGUAGGCUUUUUUUUUUUUUCAUGGCCUUAAUGAGAUCAGACAGCUGAAAAGGCAGUCAAUGUGAAGAGCAGACAGUAGGUGACAUUCAGCAAAGGAUCAGCUGCCAUGAGGAUUGUAGCCUCUUUUCAUGGGGCACUUAGACUGCCAGGCAAUUAGCACCCCUCCUCUAAACUUUUCUGAGAGACCUGCCCAGGACUUCACAUUAAAGUCUUUCUCAAAGUGAUCCUAAAUUUGAUCACAUCUCAGAUUAUGAAAUUUCAGCAAUGACCAUAAUUUGUCAGGAUGUGGGGACCUCUGGUGAUCACUUUAGGUAACAGUAUUUCAGGAGGACAACAGGCCAAUACUUCGAGAUUGUUUAUUCAAUCAAAUAUUCAUACAGUAAAAUUGUAGACAAGAAAUUCCCUAUUUUUUGGAGAUCAGAAAGGAGUAGGUCAAAGAUAUUUAGCUUAUUUGUACCUACCCUCAUUCCUUCCUAUUUGUUUACCCUUUACAUGUCUUUGAAUUUAGAAUUUCUGUCGCCAAGAAGUAACCAAAGCUCCAAAGUCUAACAUGCAUAUGUAACUAAUCAUUAAUAGCAAAACGAAGACCUUGUAUAUACACAUAUACAUUCAAAUCUACAUACACAUAUAUAAACAAAUAUGCACUUGAUAUAUAUAUAUACCUAGAAUACCUUAAAUCUCUCAUUUGUACCAUACCCAUAUACAAUAUGAUAAGUGUGGCAAAACGAAAAUCACUUAUGUAUUUUUCAAUCAUACUCUGCUUUAAUUUACUGUUAAACUGUGCUAUCGUUUUGCUUUGUUUAAGUUAAUCGGGCAAGCUGUUCCACAGCUUCCCCCCAGCAACAGAAAGACACAUGCUUUUUAGUGUUGUACAAAUGCCUGGUUGUUUUAAAUUGUGUUCUACUCUUAAUACAUACCUUCCCUAUCUUCCACUAAACAUUUUCUGUAUAUUACUAGGGAGUCGAUUGUUACUAGCUUUGUACAUUGUGCAGUUCUAAAUUCAACUAGAUCUGCAAAUUUUAAUACUCCUAAUUUCAGAAAGAGUUCAUUAGUAUGUAGGAAGAAUCCUACCUUGUUAACAAUCCUCAUUGCUCUCUUAUGCAUAAUAUAAAUAGGUUGUAAAUUCUUUUUGUAUGCAUUUCCCCAGACUUCUAUGCAAUAAGUCAGAUAUGGUAAAAUAAGCAUAUUGUAUAAUAAGUAUAUUGUUUUAUGGUUUGUCUCACCCAAAAUGCCAAUACUCCUUGCCAGCUUUGACCUAACAUAGUUUAUUUGGGGUUUCCAGCUGAGAUUAUGGUCCAUUUUCACCCUUAAAAAGGUGUUGUUUAAUACAAUAAUUAUAUUUUUAUUAAUUUCACUGUCCUAUAUGUGGAUAAUGGAGCUGCAUGGGAGGGAUGUUGAGAGGGAGGAAUUCGAAGAAUGUUCUGCAAAAAAGAAAAGAAAAGAAAAUGAUUAAGAAGGCCAUUUUAUUGUUAGAACAGUGGGGGCUUUUACUAGUGAAUCAAGGGGAGGAUAAUAGACCAGAGACUGUGGGUAAUCAAUGAGAAAGUGAAAAAAUUAAAGUAUGUAGGACUAUGGAUGCAUGACAAAUAUACAUGGAAAACCCACACUGAAAAACUAGAGACAAAAUGUAAAAAAAACUUUUAAACCUAACCAGAGAUAUAUCAGGAAUAAGCUGGAAUGCAGACAAACAUGCAUUUUGAGAUCAAAGGCACUAAUGUGAUCACUAGUUAAUUAUACAGUGGAUAUAAAAAGUCUACACACCCAUGUUCAAGUGCCAGGUUUUUGCCAUGUAAAAAAAUUUAAUCAAGAUAAAUCAUUUCACAACUUCUUCCACCUUUAAUGUGACCUAUAACCUAUAACCUAUAAUCUGUACAACACAAUUGAAAAACAAACAGAAAUCUUUAAGGGAAGGUGAAGUAAAAAUAAACAACUGAGAUCAUGUGGUUGCAUAAGUGAGCACACCCUUUAAUAACUGGGGGUGUGGCUGUGUUCAGAUUUAACCAAUAAUAUUCAAACUCAGGUUAAAUUGGAGUCAGCACACACCUGUCACCAAUUAAAGUGCCUCUGAUCAACCCCAAAUAAAGCUCAGCUGUUCUAGUUGCUUUUCCUGACAUUUUUGUAGCCACAUCUUCCAGCACAAGCCAUGGUCCACAGAGAGCUUCCGAAGCAUCAGAGGGAUCUCAUUUUUCAAAGAUAUCAGUCAGGUGAGGGCUAGAAAAGAAUUUCCAAGGAAUUAAAUAUACCAUUGACCACAACAAUCUCCCGCUGUCUUAAUAUGUCUGGGCUAUGGGGUAGGGUGGCAAGACGGAAGCCUUAUCUUACAAAGAAAAACAUCAAAGCCCAGCUUGAUUUUGCAAAAAGACAUCUGAAAUCUCCAUUAUACAUGUGGGAAAAUGCGUUAUGGUCUGAUGAAACCAAAGUUGAACUUUUUUGGCAUCAUUGCAAAAGGUAUAUGGCGCAAAAUCAACACUGCUCAUCACCAAAUGAACACCAUACCUACAGUGAAGCAUGGUGGUGGCAGCAUCAUGCUUUGGGGCUGUUUUUCUUCAGCUUUUUUUGUUCCUUAGUCAGAGUGGAGGGAAUUAUGAACAGUUCCAAAUACCAGUCAGUGUUGGCACAAAACCUUCGGCCUUCUGUUAGAAAGCUGAAGAUGAAGAGGAACUUCAUCUUUCAGCGCGACAAUGACUCAAAGUACACAUCUAAAUCAACAAAAGAAUGUCUUCACCGGAGUAAGAUUGAGACUUUGGAAUGGCUCAGCCAGAGCCCAGACCUGAAUCCCAUCAAACGUUU